UUGACGACUUUUAGGAACCAAUCAAACACAAGUUUUACAGUCUCACACACAGAUUCCAAGUACACAAUAUAAGUAAAAUAUUGUACUAGAACAUGUGAAAUGAUCUGCUGUGAACACAGAAUGCUGAUUGUUCACUCAGAGAUUACAAAGAUCAGAGUUAAUAACUUCAGAGUUAAAAUACUAUAACUAUAAUGUGUUGCAGUUUAGCUCAUAGGUUCUAUCAGUCACAUAUAAUUAAACACAUAUACAUUCUCAGGCACAAGUUAAUGUGCAUUUACACUGUACUAUCGUGAACUAAACAUCAAGAUCCAUUGGAAUAACAGUUCAGCUCUUCAGAAUUGACGAGAAUGAGAAUUAUGUGAAUAAUGAAGUUUUAUACUUAAAAAUCCAUUAGCCAAAUGUCCUUUGAUGAUUUUAAACUUCACACUGGUAAGACGGAGCUGGUUGGAUUGAUCCGUAGCAUCUUCCUCUGCUCUAUGUUGGGGAGGGUUCUGGUGUAGACAGAAAUGAGAGAGAAAGAGCUUUUGCCUGGCAUUGCCUUUCAUUGUGUUGACUUUAGGCAUCUCUGCCAAAGUAGCAUCUUUCUAACUUUGGUCUUUAAAACAGUCUGUGCACUGUUUGUCUUCUUGGUGUCCGGCUGCAAGGUAAACCAAGUGGAAUUUAGUUCAUUCUGAACUUUGUUCAGAAUAUGCUUGAAUAUUCUGGAUGUCAACUAAAAGAAAGAGUCCAACAGUCUAAUGUUGUGUGGUUGGAAAAGUCAGUUUGCCAUCUUAGAUGGAGAAAGAUUUUAAGUCAGUGCUAAACAAGCAAAGAAUUUGUUGGGUUCUUGCUUUUAAGGGAUUACAACACGAGUUUGAAAUUGGCUGGGAUGCUAUGAGGUUUAGUUCUGGUACCCACUUUACAGACCCCCAUUUGGUGAAUCUUCCUCUGGCUAAUGGAUAUUUGAUCUUUGACAUACUGACAUUUCACCUGAUACAUAUUCCAGGUGAUGCCUGAGAAAGGCAAAUAUGAAGAAAAUAGAAAAAAAUGAUGGCAUACUACAAAACGUGAUAAAGACAGAAUUGGGAGGGAAAACAAUGCAACUUGACCCUGUAAAGAAGUGAUGUUUACAUUUUCCUAAGAACACAGUGUACAUUAUUAAGGACUCCCAGAUUAGAGGAAAGCUCUGUCAGUUGGCAACAGUGCAGAAAGCUUUCCCUUGUUGUGGCACCACACUUUUCAGAAGUGUGGCAUGGGCCCCCUGGGGCACUCUGUGAGGCCCAGAUGGCAGUUAGGGUGUAUCCUUGGCUGGUGCUUCUGGCCGCUUGUGUGACGACUCAAUGGGCCGAGAGACUCAGCAAUACCUCCUUGGAUGAAAGAGGCAGCCAGAUCAGGAGACUGUGGCAACUUUCUAUUAAAGAGUUAAAAGGGAAAAGCAGAGGUAUCCUUCCGUCUUUCUCCUUAGCAGGAGUCAUGAGACGACAGCUCCUGUACUGUCCGAUUGGAAUUGGCUACCACUUACAGAUUUUGGCCAACGGAAGUGUGUGGGGUGUGCACAAGCAUACUGACUAUUGUUGGGUCAGGCUGUUUGCAGUGAGCCCUGGAGUUGUGGGUAUCUUAGGGCUUAAGAGUGGACUGUACCUGUCAAUGAAUAAAGAAGGGGAUUUGCAUGGAUCAGGAAACUUCACAGAAGACUGCCUGUUCAAGGAGAUUCUGGAAGAGAGUUACUACAAUACCUAUGCCUCACAUCGAUACCCUGGAUUCUAUGUGGGGCUGACAAAACAGGGCAAGGCAAAGAGGGGCAAUAAGGCACAAAGACACUGGCACUCCACACAAUUCCUUCCCCGUUUGGUGCAUGUAGAGUCACACACUUAAUACAACAUUAAAUACAACAGAACCUGGCUGUCUGGAUUACUGUUUGGCCUUCAUCGUGCUUUACCCAUCUAGUUUUUAAUAGUGUUUUAAAAAGUAUAUUUCGUUUAUUUAUAAUCCAAAUAAUCCCAAGAAUACUGUUUAUUCUUGAUUUCAUUACUCUGAGGUUCAAUUGGACCACUGUCUCAGUUGUGCUCAAAAUAUUCUUCCUCUUGGUGUCCCCUUACAUAUCUAAGUAAUAUGCACCAGCAUAACAGAAGGAGACAGACCAUUAAAAAGUGGUCGAUACAGUAUAUGUGACAAGUUUAACAAGUGGU